AGGUUGAUGUUUUGUUACAAAUCAUUUUCAAGAAGUAAUUUUUAAAACAGCACAUGCAUAUUCAUACUGAACACAAACCACAUAUGUAUGCAAUUUCUACGAGGUCAUUUAGGCGAAAAAAUAUUUUAAAGAUGCAUAUGCUGAUUCACAUUGGAUAGAAAACUGUUAUAUGUGAUGUAUGUAGACAUUUAGUUAAAAGAUAAAUUCAGACAAUCAGCUGCUUAUUCACAAAGGACAAAAACGUCAUGUGUGUGAAGUAUUUAAAAAAUUGUUAAAUCACAAGUUCAAUUCAAACAUGUAUUCUCUUACUCACACAGGAGAGAAGCCUCAUGUUCAUGUGUGUGAAGUAUGUAAGAACUCCUUUAGUCAUAAGUGUACUUUAAACGGCCAUAUGCUUUUUCACAUAGGACAGAAGCCUCAUGUGUGUGAAGUAUGUAAAAAGUCAUUUAGUCAGAAAAGUGCUUUAAACAGCCAUAUGCUUAUUCACACAGUUCAGAAAACUCAUGUGUGUGAAGUAUGUAAGAAGUCAUUUAAGCACAAGAGUGCUUUAAACGGCCAUUUGCUUAUUCACACAGGAGAGAAACCUUAUAUGUGUGAAGUAUGUAAGAAGUCAUUUAGUCAGAAAAGUGCUUUAAACAGCCAUAUGCUUAUUCACACAGGAGAGAAACCUCAUAUAUGUGAAGUGUGUAAGAUUUCAUUUACACAGAAGGGUAGUUUAAACAAUCAUUUGCUUAUUCACACAGGUGAGAAACCUUAUGUGUGUGAAGUAUGUAAAAAGUCAUUUAGUCAGAAAAGUGCUUUAAACGGCCAUAUGCUUAUUCACACAGGAGAGAAACCUCAUAUAUGUGAAGUAUGUAAGAUUUCAUUUACGCAGAAGGGUAAUUUAAACCAACAUUUGCUUAUUCACACAGGUGAGAAACCUUAUAUGUGUGAAGUAUGUAAGAAGUCAUUUAGUCAGAAAAGUGUUUUAAACAGCCAUAUGCUUAUUCACACAGGAGAGAAACCUCAUAUAUGUGAAGUAUGUAAGAUUUCAUUUACACAGAAGGGUAAUUUAAACAAACAUUUGCUUAUUCACACAGGUGAGAAACCUUAUGUGUGUGAAGUAUGUAAGAAGUCAUUUAGUAAUAAAAGUGCUUUAAACAGCCAUAUGCUUAUUCACACAGUACAGAAACCUCAUUUGUGUAAAGUAUGUAAGAAGGCAUUUAAACACAAGUCUGCUUUAAACCGCCAUAUGCAAAUCCACACAGGAGAGAAGCCUUAUGUGUGCGAAGUAUGUAAGAAGUCAUUUAGUUGGAAAAGUGCUUUAAACAGCCAUAUGCUAAUUCACACAGGAGAGAAGCCUCACGUAUGUGAAGUAUGUAAGAAGACAUUUUGCCAGAAAAGUGGUUUAAACAUCCAUAUGCAUGUUCAUGCUGCAGAAAAACCAUAUAUGUGUGAAGUAUGCAAAAAGUCAUUUAAACGGAAGGAUUAUUUAAAAGAGCAUAUACUUAUUCAUGCGGGAGAGAAGACUCGUGUUAUGCAAGAUAUCCUUAGUCAUAAGUGUACGUUAAACAGACAUAUGCUUAUUCACACAGGAGAGAAACCUCAUGUGUGUGAAAUAUGCGAGAUGUCAUUUCAACACAAGCGUGAUUUAAAGUACCAUAUGCUUAGUCACACGGGAGAGAAACCUCAUGUGUGUGAAGUAUGUAAGAAGUCAUUUAGUCAAAAGUGUACUUUAAAUAGCCAUAUGCAUAUUCACACAGGAGAGAAACCUCGUGUGUGUGAAGUAUGUCUGAAGUGCUUUACUAUGAAGCAUGCUUUAAACAUUCAUAUGCUUAUUCAUGCAGGAGUAAAACCUCAUGUGUGUAAAGUAUGUAAAAAGUCAUUUAGUCAGAAGGGUAAUUUAGACACUGGAAUGCUUAUUCACACAGGAGAGAAACCUCAUGUGUGUGAAGUAUGUGAGAGGUCAUUUAAAUGGAAAGAUCAUUUAAACAAGCAUAUUCUUAGUCACAUAGGAAAGAAACCUCAUGGGUAUGAAGUAUGUAAAAGUAAUUUGGUGUGAAGAGUCAUUUAAAAGCUCAUAUGGUUAUUCACACAGGAAGGAAGACUUGUGUGUAAAGUAUGGAAAAGUUAAUUUUUAAUAAAGGAUUAUUAAAAUGUGCAUAUCGACAGAAGAGAGAAAUCUGUCAUAUAUGUAAGAAUUCGUUUGGACAAUAGAAUAAUUUGAAAAAAUAUGUGUUGAUCUAAGCAGAAGGGAAGCUUUCUGUCUUUUGAGGAGGUAUUAUAAUAGUAUCAACAUUUAUUUAUUAGUGUAGUAAAAAUUUGUGUAUUCGGCAAAGAAACCAAAUUUUUUGCAGUCAAGUCAGUUUGAAUCACAACACUUGUCAGUAUUAAGUGGUGGGGAAAUUCUUGGUAAUAAGAGAGGCAGUCAGUGGCAGAAUUUUAGAUUUAAUGGUAUUAUACUGUGUGCUAUAAAACGUACUGCUGACACUGUGGUGAGGUUUUUGAAUUGUGAUUUGAUAAAAAUAAAUCAUAAUCUUAUUUUUUAUUUCUAAAAAGCAAGAACAAUACAUUCAUGCAAAUUAUAUCUCAAAUGCAUUUUUAAUUAAUGCUGACUUGAAGCCUGCAUUUGAUUAUCAAUCCUGCCCUAAAACAUCUAAAGCUGCUUAUAGUGACCUUUAAUGAAA